AUGCCCCGCUUGUUCAAGAACGGCCGGAUCUUCACCUCUGUCGAGGGCGACUCGACGCUGCACGACGCCCUCGUCACCGACGGCGACAAGGUCGUCUAUGUCGGCACUGGCGCCGAGGCCGAGGCCAAGGCUGGCGCCUCUGCGACCGUCACCGACCUCGGCGGCGCCGUCGUCCUGCCUGGUCUGAUCGACGGCCACAUCCAUCUGGUGCAGUUUGGCUCUGCCCUCUCCAAGGUCGAGUGCCUCGGGCUCAGCGCCGACGAGAUCGCCGCGGCCAUCAAGAAGGCGUACGAUGCCAACCCCGGCGCCAAGAUGAUCCACGGCAAGUCGUUCCUGUACGAUGCGCUGGGCCAGCCCCCGCACCGCAAGUUCCUCGACGCCGUCGUGCCCGACGUACCCGUGUUUAUCGCGUCGAUGGACCUGCACGCGACCCUGCUCAACACAGCGGCCAUCAACGCGCUCGGCAUCACCCGCGACACGCCGAACCCCAAGGGCGGCGAGUUUGUGCGCGACGCCGACGGCGAGCUCACUGGCCACUUUUUGGAGACGGCAAACUUUGAGUUUGUUUGGCCGUGGAUCGCAAAGAACACGUCGCUCGAGGACCGCUUGAUCGCGCUCGAGGACGCCUUUGAGAACAUGCUCGCGUCAGGCCUCACUGGCGGCAUUGAGAUGGCGCUCUCGCCCGAGGACCUCGAGGCGAUCGAGGAGUACAUCAAGCGUAACGGCAAGCUGCCGGUUCGGAUAAGCGCGCACUGGUUCAUGCGGCCCGAGGGGACCGACGAGUCGCGCGCCGACCAGGUCAGAGAAGCGGCGGCCCAGCGCGACCGCUGUGCCAAGUACGACCCGUGGUUCCGUGUCGUCGGCAUCAAGGUCAUCUCCGACGGCGUAGUCGACUCGUGCACCGCGUUCCUCAAGGAGCCGUACCCGAACGGCGACCUCCCAGGCCCCAUCUGGCCGGGGCCGGAGCUGACCAAGGUGGUCGUGCUGGCCGACGAGCUCGACUUGCAAGUGGCGGUGCACGCGCUCGGCGACGCGGCGUCCGAGCAGGCGCUGGACGCGUUCGAGGCCGCGAUCGCCGCGAACGGGGACAAGCCGCAUCGGCGGCACCGGAUCGAGCACCUCGAAGUCGUGACCGAGGAGAGCGUCAAGCGGCUCACGCGCCUGGGCGUUACGGCGUCCCUGCAGCCCGUGCAUGCCGACCCGCUCUACGCCAAGAACUGGUGGGAGCAGCUGGGCGCCGACGCGCGCUGCGACCGCGCGUUCCCCUGGUCCGAGUUUGUCGAGGCCGGCUCCAAGGUCGCGUUCGGCUCAGACGCGCCAGUCGCGCCGCACCACGCCCUGCCCAACAUCUACACGGCGGGCACGCGCCAGUCGAGCGUCGACCCGAGCCUCAAGCCCAGCACCGACCCCCGCAUUGUCGGCCUCGAGCGCUUCUGCGUCGCGCUCGACCAGAGCAUCAGGUACUACACUUCCGGGUGUGCGCAGAGCAUCCGCGCCGAGAACGAGGUGGGCACCCUCGAGCCCGGCAAGCAGGCCGACUUCUGCGUGCUCAACGUCGACCCGUUCAAGAACGGCGUGGAGACGCUUAAGCAGGCACAGUCGGCUGUCACUGAGACCUGGGUCGCGGGCGAGCAGGCAUGGAAGGCGAAGAAGUAG